AUGAUACAACGGAUGAUGUCCACUGCAAGUUCAGAGAAUGUCAGUGUGUCCAUGCAUGACGACGGAAUCGCUGUUGUCUCGCUGGACAUCAAGAACUCCAAAGUGAACACCCUGGGCAAAGCUUUGUUGACGGAGCUGCCGCCGAUACUUGAAACCUUGGAGAACGUGGAUGAUCCACACGUCAAGAGUGUCAUCUUCAUUUCGGCAAAGAAGAACAACUUCAUCGCGGGAGCAGAUAUCAACAUCUUCGAUGAGAUUGCUGUUCAGGGAAAAGAUGCGAUCAAGAAGCAGGUGUGUCAGCUCACUCAGGGAUUCUUCGACCGAAUGGAGAAAGGAAAAGUGAAAAUUGCAGCCAUUGAUGGAAGCUGCCUCGGCGGUGGUGCAGAAUUUGCUCUGGCCUGCCACUACAGGAUUGCAAGCGUCAAUCCUUCGACUGCUAUCGGAUUUCCUGAGGUCAUGCUUGGAUUGCUCCCUGGUGCCGGUGGGACGCAACGGUUGCCCAAACUCAUUGGCGUCCAGGGGCUGACGCAAGAUGCGACAAAGCUGCUACAAUGUGCCUUAGCAACAGCACGACUUCUCAACAAAGAUUUGAAUUUCACAAGCAAAACAGGAGAAAUGAAACUGCCGAAGCGCGGAGAGUUGCCAUGGAUGAGCGCUUACUUCGAAGAUGGAAUCAAAAGUUAUUCUUUCCUUCGCGAUUUCUAUUUUGGACAAGCUCGCAAAAUGGCUCUCAAGCAAACGAACGGAAACUAUCCUGCUCCCAUCAAGAUUAUUGAAGUCCUUGAGGGAAGUAUCGCAAAAAAUGCUCUCGGAAAGGAUCAGGGUUACGAGAUGGAGGCCGAUGCAUUCGCGGAACUAGCUCUUACUAAAGAAAGUUCGGGGCUUAGGUCUUUAUUUUUUGGACAGACAUCUGUUAAGAAAAAUCCAUUCUCUGGAGCAAUGGACGUGAAGAAGGUGGGUGUGCUUGGUGCAGGAUUGAUGGGCUCUGGCAUUGCGGAGGUCACCAUCGCGAAGGGAGUUCCAGUAGUUCUCAAAGACGUAUCAGCGAAAGGAUUGUCAGUUGGGGAAACAAACAUUCAAAAGAGCAUGCAGGACAAGGUCAAAAAGAAGCGAAUGACCAGUUUCGAAAAAGACGUGACUAUGUCCAGACUGAUCGGAGUGCACAAUGACAUGCCUUCUUGGAAGGAUCAUAUCAAGCAGUGUGAUCUUGUGGUAGAGGCCGUGUUUGAGGAUUUGUCCUUGAAGCAUAAGAUAGUCGAGGAGAUGGAGUCUAUUUGCAAGCCUGAUUGUAUCAUCGCAACCAACACGUCCUCGUUGCCGGUGUCUGAGAUCGCCAAGUUUUCCUCGAGACCACACAAUAUUGUUGGAAUGCAUUAUUUCUCUCCGGUUCCCAAGAUGCAGCUUUUGGAAAUCAUUCCUCACGAGACCACGGACGAAAAAGUCAUUGCCACUGCUGUCCAGCUGGGACUCAAACAAGGAAAGCUGCCUAUCGUUUGCAAAGACGUUCCUGGGUUCUUCGUGAAUCGGUGUUUGGGUCCGUACAUUGAUGAGUCGAUGGUACUUGCAUUUGAGGUGGAUGACAUUCUUAAGCUGGACAAAGCUCUCAAGAAGUUCGGCUUCCCUGUCGGCCCUAUGGUGUUGGCUGACGAGGUUGGUGUUGAUGUCGCGUUUCAUCUUCACAACAACCUCAUUCAAGACCUUGGCGUUCGCAUGUCUGGAGCCAACAUCGAAGCGAUGAAGGCUAUCAAGGCUGCGGGCAUCAAGGGCAAGAGGUUCGGAUGCGGUUUCCUCGUGUAUCCUCCCAAGAAGGCCAGUGGACUUGCUGCCUUGAAUCCGUUUGCUUCCAAGCCAUCUCCCACUCCCAAUCCCGUGGCGCUUGAGGCGAUGAAGCCUUUCAUGAAGCCCGGAAAGGCAUGA